AGAGCAGUAGAUAGCAACUGUUUGCUCAUCCUUUGGGAGACAGGGGAAAGUCCAGGAUCAGCAUCUCAUGUGUCCGUCCAAACCCUGUCUGGAAAAACAAGGAUUACAGAGGAUGAGUGUGUUCCUUUUGGUCCUUUGUCUGGCUUUGCUGCAGCAGGGGGGAAGAGCCAGACCAAACCCUCCAGGCUGUAAUAGCCCUGAAGUGGUGAGGGUGGCAGAGGAGGCCCUGGAGCAGAUCAACCAGGACCGGACAGAUGGAUACAUCCUGAGCCUCAACAGACUCUACAACCUCUCUCACACUCAAGGAAAGGAGACAGGUGGGUCAUUCUACAAACUGACCAUUGAUGUCAUGGAGACCAAAUGCCACAUCACGAGCAGGAAACCAUGGAAACAAUGUGAAGUCAGAAAUAUUGGUGAUCUUCCAGUGUAUGGAGAGUGUGAAGUAUCUGCCUCCGUUGACUCUCAAGUCAAACUUCAAAACUACUCCUGUGCACUCCGCGAAGUUCCCGCCACUGCAGUGGUACAAGUAUGUCCGGACUGUCCCACAGCUGAUAACCUCAACGAACCCGUCGUCAAGGAGACAGCCAACCUCUCACUGCAGAGGUUCAAUGAAGAGAGCCGCCUGGCCAACUACUUUACUCUGGAGAACAUUACGAGAGCCAGUUCACAGUGGGUUUUUGGUCCAUCCUACUUUGUGGAGUUCACCAUUGUGGAGACGGUGUGUUCAAGGACAACAGAUGCCAGUGAACUGAGCAGCUGCCCACCUAUGGACUGUCAGUUUGCUCAUAGAGGCUUCUGUUUGGGCUCACACGUGGCCCACGAGGACCAGUUUCAAAUCAGACUGCCUGACGGAAAGAAGGACAGCUCAUUUCAUAACCGGAAAGCUGUAGAUGUGAAGUGUGAGAUCUACGAACCUCAGGCUGCUGCUGUGGAGGAGCAGACCCAUGCCAAAGCAGACAGUGGACACACUAGGCAUCAGCAUCACAACCACAUGCACCUGCACCCCCACGAGCACAUGCACUCAGUCACACCCAGCUCAGCCCACACUGUCUCCGAGCCCCGGGGCACCCUGGGGACUGUGGUGGACCGGCCUGCCCCUCACCGAUCUGCCCCAUCAGCGAGCUCCUGCCCCGGCCAACACAGACACAACCUGGGCCUGGACAGACUGAAGCUCUGAUUGGCUGGAACCAGGAUGGUUGAGCUCUUGAUCAGUUACUCAAGCUAACUUUUUCCUGCAUGUUGUAAUUAGUUAAGAAAGACAACUAAUUGUAACCUAGAAUAAAAUAUGGGAGGAGUAAAUAAUCAUUGUAAAUAAUCUGUUUGUUUGAUUAAAGCAUUGACAUGGUGAAAA